UGUGUGUGUGUUCCGUUAUUUUUCCGGGUUGAGCUCGUGCUGUGGGGGCGGGCGGUGGUUGUCGCGCUGCAGCUGCCAGCUGACACUUCCACCGAGGAGGUGAGGUCAAACCGUGUGCUUCUCUGCCCGACGCAGACGGUGACAGAGGCAGCUAACUAGCCCAGCAGCAUCCUCCUCAUCCUCAUUAUCAUUAUCAUCAUCAUGGCGGACCAACAAGGCGAACCUCCGGCUCCAGUCAACCAGCCGCCGCCGCAGCCGCAGCAGCAGCCGCCCGCGGUGCCGACCAGCUGGCCAAUUACCCGGGAGUCAUACGAGCUACAGGAAGUCAUAGGCAGUGGGGCCACAGCUGUGGUGCAGGCAGCCCUCUGUACCCCUAGACAGGAGCGUGUUGCCAUAAAGAGAAUCAACCUGGAAAAAUGCCAGACCAGCAUGGAUGAGCUGUUGAAAGAAAUUCUUGCCAUGAGUCAGUGCAACCAUCCAAACAUAGUCACCUACUACACCUCCUUUGUUGUGAAAGAUGAACUAUGGCUUGUCAUGAAGCUUCUGAGUGGAGGCUCUAUGCUGGAUAUAAUAAAGCAUUCGAGCAAAGAAGAUGAUAAAAAUCAAUAUUUAGAUGAGCCUAUUAUCGCCACCAUAUUAAAGGAAGUUCUGGAGGCCCUGGAUUAUCUCCACAGAAAUGGACAGAUUCACAGGGACGUGAAAGCUGGGAACAUACUCCUGGGAGAAGACGGCUCUGUUCAGAUUGCAGAUUUUGGAGUCAGUGCGUUCCUAUCGACAGGAGGCGACGUAACGAGAAAUAAGGUUCGAAAGACUUUUGUUGGCACGCCUUGCUGGAUGGCUCCAGAGGUGAUGGAACAGGUUCGAGGCUAUGAUUUCAAAGCAGACAUAUGGAGUUUUGGCAUUACAGCCAUAGAGUUAGCAACAGGAUCUGCACCGUAUCAUCGCUACCCUCCUAUGAAGGUUUUAAUGCUUACCCUGCAAAACGACCCACCCACUCUGGAAACAGGCGUAGAAGACAAAGAAUUGCUCAAAAAAUAUGGCAAAUCACUUCGAAAGCUAAUAUCAACGUGCCUUCAGAAGGACCCUGCCAAAAGACCUACGGCUGCAGAGCUUUUGAAGUGUAAAUUCUUCCAAAAGGCCAAGAACAAGGAAUAUCUUGUUGAAAAGCUUUUGAGUUGUGCACCAAAGAUUUCUCAGAGAGCAAAGAAGGUGAGGCGAGUCCCAGGCUCCAGUGGCCACUUGCAUAAGACAGAAGAUGGAGACUGGGAGUGGAGCGAUGAUGAACUGGACGAGGGCAGCGAGGAAGGAAAGGCAGCGGUGAAUCAGGGCAGGUCUCGAAGGGUCAAAUAUGAGGCCAAAGAUAAUGAGGAAGAUGCCAACAAUAUCCCCAUAGAAGGCUUGUCUGUUCAGCAUCCCCAGGUGGAACCGUAUGAAAAUACACCGUUCAUUCAGGGUGCUGUUAACAUGGUACUACGACUACGGAACUCCAAAAAGGAGCUAAAUGACAUCCGGUUUGAGUUCACCCCAGGCCGGGACACUGCUGAUGGCGUCUCCCAGGAGCUCUUCUCAGCUGGUCUGGUCAAUGGGCUUGAUGUCGUAAUUGUUGCUGCUAACCUCCAAAAGAUUGUAGAUGACCCAAUUACCUACAAAGUAUUGACCUUUAAGCUGGCUUCCAGCUGCGAUGACACAGAGAUCCCAGAUGAGGUGAAGUUGAUCGGCUUUGCACAGCUCAGCGUUUGCUGAUGCUCUCUUCAUGCUUGGAGCAGGUGAGACAGGGGAGACAGGUCAGGGCAGACAGACUGAGGAACACCCACCCCCUGCAACACCUUCCCUGAAAGCACCCGUCCUCUUCUCUCCCUCACUCCUUUUCACCUUCCCCAAGGCCGAGCUCUGCCACCUGCACCUUCUAGUCAACGUCCCAGCUCACUGUCCCCCGGCAUUUAACCUAAACAUUCCAACGCAGGAUCAGGAUACAGCCCAGGAACCAAACGACGUACUCAGGUGGAGAAAAGAGGAGAAUAAAUGUAGCUUUGAAUGWUUUUUUGUUGUUGUUGUUUAUUUAUUGUUUAACAUCACGUUACUGCUGUGUUCAGCAGAGUUCUCAUUAUUUAUUAAAAUGAGAAGGCAUAUUUAUGGCCCCCCAUCCUGUUUUCUUGYCACUGUGAAAACAAAUGUACUUUGACUCUCAUCUCACAAACCCACUCAUUUGUGAAGUUUCCCUGAGGUCUGUGUCAGAAUGUAAGUCUUAGUUAAUUUGUGAGAAGAAGCACAUUUUUUUAAGUAUAAAAAUAUUAUGAAUGUCUUAAAAAGACUAUAAAUGGUUUUUCGUGAGUCAAGCCCUGUUUCACAUGAAGAAGAAUAGAAGCAUUUGGGUGAGAAAUAAAUGAGACCUGGAUGCUACUGUGUAUAAAUUGCUGCUCUCGACAGUGUUAAUGCUUCAUAAAUGCUAGAGGUGCCUUGUUCAUUUUUCUGUGCCUAAAGAAUGUUGUCAGUGGGCGGGGCCACAUUGAGGGAGGAACCCGCUCAUCACCCUUUCACCCAUGUAUUCCUCCAGCAUCGAUACACUUCAUGUGAACUAUCUGAAUGAGGUGAGCUGAAAUGCACUUUUGGGCUGAGUGUGUGCAAAUGCUUAACGCCCCCUCCCCCCCUCCCGGAGACGACUUUUAAUUUGUGUGCUUUUUGUCGUCAAAGAAAUGAAUUGUAAAAGAACCUGCAGUUUCAUAUUCUGCUCUGGUUGAUGUGCAAUCAACUUCUCCACAACUGUUUCAUUUUUGUUCCUGGAAAACAGUAGCUACCUGACUGUACUGUGWGACAAGAACGCACCUACAGAUGGAACCAAACAGCAACUCCUCAAAAGUGUGACGAACCAUUUGUUUCUCCAAAGUUCUGUAGCAUUAAAUUACUUUUAUGUAUUGAAGUGGUAAAUCUUAACUUCUCUAAAAUAUAUUAUUUUCCAGAGUAAUUUAUUGUUUUUGAUGUACAUUAUGUGCAUUUUGACACCGUAUUACCCCUUUCUUUUUCUAUGUAAUCAGCUAAUGUCCAAUUUUUGAYGAGGAGCAGCAAAUAAAGCAAUUAUUUAAAAUAAA